UCGGGACAGGCAACAGGACUCUGGGUAUUAUAACAGGUCUGAGUUAAAUAACCACAUUUCCGUUGUAUAAGCUUUGCUUUCAAGAUGCUUCAGCCAAUCAGAGGCUACAAUAAACAAUGUGCAAAACAAAGAGUCCAUUCAAUAACCACUAACUUUCUAAGGAGGAGAUGCUGCUGAUCUUCCUAAUGUUGUAGAAAUUCUUCUGUACAUAAGCCUGAAGGCACAAUUCCUAGAGGCAGAGUGAGACUCCAGCUUGGAAAGUAGCUGAAGCACAGCGGAAAGACGUCCCAAAAAUCAGCAGUGGGAGGAACAUUAUGUUUACCCACAACAAACUGAAGAUUUUCGUAAUGCUUCUGGCACUGGCCACUUACACAGCCAUGGUGGUGCUCAAUGCUGGAGCCGGUUCAGGGGCAUUCAAAGGUGUAUUCCUAAAUACUGUUGGAAACAUCUCAAACAAGUACAACACUGACUUCACACCAGCUGGCUGGACCUUCCUCAUCUGGAAUGUUAUCUACGUCUGGCAGUUUGCUUGGCUGGGUUAUGCACUGUCAGGAAUCUGCAGAAGGAAUGAACUUGGAUGGGUCUACACAGAGCCAGAUUUACUGCCAAUAUCCUUCUAUCUGGUGUGGAUACUGAACAAUGCCAUUAAUGCUGGAUGGCUAUUUCUGUGGGACCGAGAGUUUCUCAUUCCAGCCGUGGUUCUCCUGGCAGUCCUUCCUUUUACCUGUUAUGUUGGUCUCUUCAUUUCACACCGAUCCUUGCAUAUCCAUGCCGAUUGGUUCCUAAAGUCUCACAAAGCAGAGCUGUGGCUCAUCCGAAUUCUGGUGCAAAAUGGAAUUGCACUAUACGCGACAUGGACCACAAUUGCCACUCUGCUGAAUUUUGCCGUGGUGCUGAUCUUCAGUGGGAACGUAUCUAAUAAGAUUGCAACGGCAACCUCUCUGGCCAUCCUUACCUUUGAACUGGUAAUAUGGUUUUCUCUGGAAAAUUUUGUGCUUGACAAGUAUGUGCGAUAUAAUCUCACUGUCUACCCAGUGGUCAUUGUAGCACUGACCGGCAUUGUGUGGAAGAACUACUCCCCUUCAUCUCCAACUGACAACAGUGUGUUUACAGUUGUGUUGCUGGCGGUGGCUUGUGUCACCUUUGCUGUUCGGCUGGGAAUAGUCAUAUGGAGACAUCGUAAAAGGCCUCUAAACCUAUCGGAUUCUCCAGCCAUGACACUGUGAAGUAUAUUUCCAAAGUGAAGACCUUAAGGAGGAGAUUUUCAAAGCCAUGAAUGGGAAUCAGGCACCCAACAGCCACUGACUCUCUCUCCCAACACCCACUCCCCUGGUGCCUUGAAAAUCUCUGAAAUGUGGAACAGUGAAUAACACAAAGAGUUACAGUGAUUUCAUAUAAGCUUUCAGGGUCUCUCUCUUUUUCAGGAUCUCUCUCUCCUUCCACUCUGAUCGAUUACACUUACCCUACCACCUUUAAUUUGACCGCUAUGUGUUUUAUUAAAUGGCGUUUUAAGUUUACACCAGAGGAGUAGAUGAACAGAUCCCUCUGACAGGGGCGGCUCUAGACAUUUCGCCGCCCCAAGCACGGCGGCAUG